GCCGGGGCCGUCGCAGCAUUCACUGUUGAUGCCCUUGUUUACCCCUUGGAUACCAUCAAAACUCGCUAUCAGAGCCAGGGGUCUUAUAGCGUCAGAAACCAGCUGUCAACCGCCACAAGAGCACCCUACGCAGCGGUGAGGAGCUUGUACCAGGGAAUUGGAAGUGUGGUCCUUGCAACACUUCCAGCAGCGGCGCUCUUCUUUGCCAGCUAUGAGUCGGGGAAGUCGGUCCUCACACGCGUCCUCCCCAGCGCAACACCGGCAGCACCCAUCCAUGCAUUCGCCUCGGCAGGUGCCGAGCUGGUCUCUUGCCUUGUGCUCACGCCGGCCGAGGUAAUCAAGCAAAAUGCCCAGGUACUGCGGCGAUCGGCCGGCUCGCCUCCCCAACGGUCAUCCUCACUCGAAGCCUUCGACAUGCUACGGCGGGCCGAAGGCGGCGUAACACGGACCCUGUGGAGGGGAUACACGUCGUUGGUCGCGCGGAACCUACCGUUCACGGCGAUGCAGUUUCCCAUGUUUGAGUUCUUCCGUGGCAGAAUCCGGAGACGACGGGCUGGUAAACGCACGGAGUCACACGAAAAUCCCCUUCUCGUCGAGACCGGUCUGGUUAAUGGGGUUGCUGCGGCAGUCUCAGGCUCCAUUGCGGCAAUCUUGACGACACCUAUGGACGUGAUAAAAACGAGGGUCAUGCUUGGCGCUGGAGAUGACAAGUCGAGAUUUUCAGGCGGACAAGGCAAGUCGCGGACCGGCGGCGGCGGUCUUGCUAUCGCGAGGUCCGUUCUGGUGGAAAGCGGAAUACGAGGUCUGUUCAGAGGCGCUAUGCUGCGUGCGAUAUGGACGGCUCUUGGGAGCGGUCUGUAUCUCGGGUCGUAUGAGGUGACGAAGGCGUGGUUGAAACGCCAGUCUCCUUAA